CUGUUGACUACAAAAAGGUGUUAUGCAUUAAGUGAGAACAUUGAACUGUGCAGAAAAGACCGGGUCCUGGAGGAGAUCAGCAGCGUCAUAGGAAGUCGUCAGCCCUUAGCAGAGGACAGGAAGAACCUGCCCUACACUGAUGCAGUGAUCCAUGAGACCCAGAGACUGGCCAACGUUUUACCCAUUGCCAUCCCUCACACCACCAGCAGAGACAUCACCUUCCAGGGAUAUUUCAUCAAGAAGGGGACGCUUGUGUUUCCUCUACUGACGUCUGUCCUACAAGACGGAAGCGAAUGGGAGAGCCCACACACCUUUAACCCCGCCCACUUUCUGGAUGAGGAAGGUCGAUUCACCAAGAGGGAUGCCUUCAUGCCCUUCUCUGCAGGUCGUAGGGUGUGUCUGGGGGAGGGUCUGGCCAGGAUGGCGCUCUUCCUCUUCUUCACCUCCCUCCUGCAGCGCUUUCAUUUCUCUCCUCCUCCUGGAGUAACAGAGGAUGAUCUGGACCUCACACCAGCCGUGGGGUUCACCCUCGACCCUUCACCUCACCUGCUCUGUGCUGUGAGCCGGGUCUGAGAUGAGACGAGUCCCUCAAUGGUUUUGGUUUAAUUUGAUUGCUCUACAAUCCAACAAUGUAAUUGAUUGAUACAAAGCACUGCUAUUAUGUAUGUACAGAAUGCAAUUGUUUUUGCUUGCUGUCCUGCCUUGUCUGGGACUGGACAGCUGUUGCUAAGUAAAGUCAAUCAUUUUUCUA